AUGGGGGACAAAAGAAGGCCUUUUGGCACUUGCUUGGAAAAAGUGAAGUGGGAGAGAGGAGCUCACUGGAUCAAACCAUUAUCUAGCCUUAAGAAAAGAAUGCAGGAGGAGAGCCCACAUCCAGCAGAUAUACCUUCCUGGACCCAUAACCCUGUGGUUGAUGUAAAUGGAAAUCCACAAACUGAGACGAUAUCAUUGGAAAUGCAAAGUGAUCUGAAUGGGGCUGACCUCUUGCUUCACAAUGGCAACAAAGUGCUUCUUCCAUAUUUAAAAGAAUCAAUAAGAAGAAAUUCAUAUUCAGAAGUCACUCCAAGCAAAGCCAUGGGUCUGUUCUCUGUUCCUGCAGAAGAGCAUUUUCCUGGAGUGUCCGUGUGUGGUGUUAUGGAAGCACUGGGGAGGGACUGGCUGGGAAGAGGGCCCAGAGCCAUGGGCAGCCACUGAGGACAGUGCUUCAAAGGAGAGUUUGGGAUGUCAGGACUGCCUUACCAUCAAGAACUGUUGGGAAUGGAAAUUUAUACGGAUGACCCACCAAAUGCUUUUACUGAGGUUCUGGGCUCUGAGUUGGAACCGUCUUCCCUGCAUUCUGUCCUGUCUGCAGUAUUGCACACAUGUCCUGAAGUACUCCUGAAUGAUGAGACAAAACACGCUUUCCUUGAACAUUUAAAACCCAUGGUUUCAAAGCAAACAAUAGAAUAUAAGAAAAUGCUUUCAAGUGUAGAAAGUACCCCAAGUAGUCUGCAAAUAACAUGGGAGUUACUGGCUCUAUAA